ACAUCACUCUUGGGGAGGGUAUGAGGGGGUAUCUAUGUUCAAAACUUUAACAGCUCCAGAAUAAAGUUAGGGCGCAUGCAUAUUUCAGCAGAAUUCCUUCUCAUCUUUAUUCAUGCUCACUCCGGAUUUUGGGAGAUGUUUGGCCACCUCGCAGAAAUCACCGUGCAGGAGAAAUAUCGCAUCCACUCAGCGGCUUUUUAACACAUCUCCAUGACAACAAUUUGCAAUGGUGAAGAAUUCGAUACCAGGGCGCUUGGAGGCUGAUUGGGGUGCAUUGUGAGGGGCCUGGGGUCGCUGAUUGGUUCAAGGAAAGCACCAUAACUACAAGGAGUUUAUAUUCAUUCAACUUGUUGAAGUGCUCCUACUGCAGCCUGGAGAGAAGUCUGUGCUUGGACUGGAGCUUCGAGUCUGGAUUCACUCAGCAGCGAUCUUGAUGGUGGGCUACAAGCUCUAACAUGGACUGAUUUCAUAAAGUAUUGGCAAAAAUGGCAAACGCAGACAGUGAGGUCAAAACGCUGCUGAAUUUUGUGAAUCUGGCAUCCAGCGACAUCAAGGCGGCCUUGGAUAAGUCGGCUCCGUGCAGACGCUCCGUGGAUCACAGGAAAUAUCUGCAGAAACAACUGAAGCGGUUCUCUCAGAAGUACUCCAGGGUGCCAAGAUGCCACACGCACAGGCCCGCGGAAUAUGGAUGCGGCAGGCCGGUGGGGGCUGUUCACCAAAGUGUGAAGGUCGCAGAGAAGGCCAACUCGGAUGCGCAAGACGUGGGGAACGUGGGGAGCGCGGUGGAGCAGGUUCCUAUGAGGAAACGCCAGCUGCCAGCCUCGUUUUGGGAGGAACCCAAGUUGACCCAAACUAGGAGGGAGCACGCACAUUUCGGAUUGAAAAGGAGCCCCCCCGCGGGCACGUCCGAGGGCGGCGAGAACGAAAAGAGGAAAAGGAGUUAUGGUGAUGAUGCAAAGGCGACGCUGUCUGCGUCAGGUCGGCGCAGCUCUGCGGACAAAGAGGCGCUUAAAUUGGACCUGACCUCUCAUCACUGCGUGAGCGUGUGCGGCUGCUGCCCCUUCCAGUACCACGGACACCAGGUCCUCCACAGUCACAUUGUUGUCCCCCAUCCGCCUCUGGGACUGUGGAGCAAGGCAGCAGGGACUGAGACAGAGAGACCUGAGCAUCCCUAUGGACAGAAAAUCCACACACAUGUUGUAGUGAAACCCAUACCCACCAAACCCACCGUCCAGUCACCUAUCUUCAGUGUGUUUGGAUUCAUUUAAUUACUCUACUAAUGAACCCAUCACACACACAUACACAAAACUGUAAAUAGGACUAAUUAAUUUCAUAAUGUGUUGUACACAGCCUUUGUGUCUUUCAGCAUUUUGAACACGAGACACUUCCUCAAGCACUUAUUGGAAUGCUUCAUCUAUUUUUAUUGUUUAAAUCUAAAGGACUAAAUUGCACUUGCAGAAUAACUUCAUCAGCUUCACUUUCAUGUGUCUGAUGCCACCAAGUAUCUGAACAUUGACAGUAAGUUAAAAAGGUUUCUACUUUUAGGUUUCUACAGAUACUGACAGAUUUUAAAAAAAAAAAAAAAAAAGUACAAGAAGCCAUGCAAAUGAAUGAAAGCAUCCUGUUUUAGUUUCCUCUUUCAACUAUGAGAAUAGAAUGUGGGGCAUAGAUUGCUUUUUGUUCGUCAAAGUAAUAUUUGAUAGGCAUAUUUGAAACAAUGACUUUUAUUUUUAAAUAAAUCAUUCAACUUCCCUCAAGAAA